CAACCAUGACAACGAAACAGAGUUGAACUGAUCAAAUAGAGAUUGUAUUUGUGAGAAGAGCGCAAGGAAAGCUUGCCGUGGAAAAUGACUAGCAAUACCGAGAGUACAAGUGAAUUCAAAGAGAAACCAGCAAUUGAAGAAAAUGCUUUUGAAGCACUUGAGAGAGAUUUCCAAGAGGUUCUUGGUGAGCUGCUUGUAGAUAAGAGCUUGGAAAAGUUCAGAGUUGAAUAUGAAAAGCUACACAGAGCACUAAAGAAAUCCCAUGAAAGUGAAAAACGAUUGAUGCAAAAAUGCAGGGAGUUAAAUGGGGAGAUUGUUGCAAAUGCUGCAAAGGUCUCUACAGCACUGAAAUUAUCUCAAGAAGACCAAAAUACAAUUGUAGCACUGAAAAAGGAAAUAGAGAAGGCAUGGAAAAUGGUUGAUGGAGCACACGAGAAGGAAACAAGAGCAAGGGAAACAAUCCAAUCCUUAAAACUUGAAAUUGCCAACUUAAGUAAGCUUGUUGAGCAAGGUGCUGGCCUUACUAUGGGACAAGACCACAGUGUUCAAGAACUUUUGAAGAUUAAAGACGAACUUACCAAAGAGAGGGAUGAAAAACUGACAGAGAUUGUCAAGCUAAGAGAGGAACUUCAACAUUCUUCCUCGAAGCUACAAUCACUUGAAACAAAUGUGACUGAGGCAGAAAUGAAAAUAUCUGAACUAAAAGAAGACAUACAGCUGAAAAGCAAUGAAUCACAAAGAGAAAUGAGAAGAAAAGAAAAGCUAGAAAAAGAGCUGAAGCAGAGCAAAGCUGAAUUAGAAUCAAAGCAAUCUGACCUGAAAGGGAAACAAAACCAGUUGCAAAAAGCACAGGAAGAAACUUCAAGGCUUGAGCAGCAACUCAAGGAGCAAAGGAUUCUUAAUGAAAGGGCUGUAAAGGACACUGAGCUGCUGAACAGUAGACUCACAAAGUUACAGCAAGAUUUUGAUGCCCAGUUGUCUGCAGCAGAACAGUUAGCUCAAGAAAACAACCAAAAGGCAGCAGAAUUGAAGGUACGUGAAGAAGACAUUGGGAAUUUGAAACAAGAUAGUGUUCGUCUUACAAGGCAAAGGGAAGCGAUUCAAAGGAAACUCAGAGCUGUUGAGGAUCAAAAAAUUGAAGUUGAACACCAGAAGGAAACAUUAAAAGGACAGAUAAGUGCCUUGGAACGAGAGUUAGAGACAAGCAAGAAACAAACUGAAACAGACAAGAAGGCUGUAGAUGACUUGGUUCGAGAGCGAGACAUCUUAAACAAGAAUCUUCUCAAAGCUGCCGGUGCCACACAAAAGCAGUUAAGUUUAGUUCGACUUCAUGAACAAGCAAAAAAGAAUUUAGAGCAAGAAAUUCAGAACUACAAAGACGAAGCGCAGAAACAGAGGAAGAUCAUUUACCAGUUGGAGAAAGAAAGAGACAGAUACAUCAACGAGGCCAGUGAUUUGACUCAAAAGGUUCUACAGCAUAUGGAAGAUGUUAAAGUGCGAGAAAUGCAGAUUUUUGAUUACAAAAAGAAAAUCGCUGAAGCAGACACAAAACUUAAACAGCAGCAGAACCUAUACGAAGCAGUGAGGAGUGACAGGAAUUUAUACAGCAAGAACUUGAUUGAAUGCCAGGAUGAAAUCACAGAGAUGAAACGAAAGCUGAAAAUAAUGAACCAUCAGAUCGACCAGCUCAAGGAGGAGAUCACAUCAAAAGAGGCAGCGCUUGUGAAGGAGCAUCAAAUUCACCAAAAAGUUGAAAAACAAAAAGACGCAUUGAAAGCAGAGCUGCAGUCCAUGAAGAAAGAGGCUGCGGAGUCUAAAGCUUAUAUCGAGCAACAAGAGGCAGAAGAGAGGAAGCUGCUGAAAAUCAUAUCUGAAGCCGACGCUGAAAGGUUGAGGCAAAAGAAGGAACUUGAUCAAGUCAUCAGCGAGAGGGACAUUCUGGGCACUCAGCUCGUGAGAAGGAACGAUGAACUGGCACUUUUGUAUGAGAAGAUAAAAAUACAACAAAGUACUCUGGAUAAAGGUGAAAUACAAUAUCGACAACGACUGGAAGAUAUCAGGCUUCUCAAACUCGAGAUAAAGAAACUAAGACGCGAGAAACACAUUUUGACGAAAAGUGUUGCAAAUGUCGAAGAGCUUAGACGAGAAGUGUAUAACAUGCAAAGAGAGCUUUUAAGAGAAAGGACUAGAUGCAAAGCGCUGGAAGAAGAACUUGAGAACCCAAUGAACAUUCACCGGUGGAGAAAACUGGAGGGAAGCGACCCAAGUACAUACGAAAUGAUACAGAAGAUCCAAACAUUACAGAAGCGGCUAAUUUCCAAAACUGAAGAGGUUGUUGAAAAAGAGCUGCUAAUCAAAGAGAAGGAGAAACUGUACAUGGAGUUGAAACAGAUCUUGGCGAGACAACCAGGCCCCGAGGUGGCCGAACAACUAAGCAUGUACCAGGCAACUUCUAAGGAAAAGACGAAGCAGAUGAAGGCAAUGGCAUCAGAGUUGAACAUGUACGAAGCACAAGUUCAGGAAUACAAAUAUGAAAUUGAAAGGCUGGCUCGAGAAUUGCAAGAGGCAAAGAAGAAAUAUUUCAUGCAGAAAAAGAAAGAGCAGCAGCAAAAGGAGAGAGAAAGAAGCAUUCAACAGGCUUCUCAGCCUCAGUUUCAACCACAGCGAACAGACGGGCCUCGUUUCACUGGCGGAGGGUUUAAUUUAAAUCAAACACAGAAGCUAGCAGCAUGAAUAUUUUGCUGAUAAGGAACGCAUACAACUUUGUAUAGAAUAAUUGUAACUAGAUAUAUCUAUUUGGUGUUUGCAAAGUUUUUGUUUCAUGUACAUAUGCUGUAUGAUUUUUAGAAUGAAAUGUAAAUUUUAAGUGA